GAGCGACCGAAGCCCUCCAAGCGUGCGCCAUCGAAGCCAUCCAAGCCAUCCAAGCCUGCACCCUCCAAGCAUAUACCCGCCGAACCUGCGCCAUCCAAACCUGCUUCCCCUGACCCCGGCCACUCCGAUGAUGAUGCUGUGCUAGCCCAAGAGAAGGCAAAUUUGGAGGAGCAAAUUGCCAAGAUCAACGCUCGUAUGGAGGCGCGUGGCAACAAGCGCCAGGUGAAGCACGAAGGCGAUGCGCCGCCCCGUAAGAAGAGCGCGACGGCGCCUUCAAAUGCUCCGCCUGAAGCCCCCGAGCCAGCCGCCUUGAAAAGACAGGGUGCUAACGUGUUCCCGACUCGCAGUUCAUCCUCCCUUGACCAACCCAAGCCCAAGCCAUCCUUGCGCGGCCCAAGUGAUGCUGAUGCAAGCCGACCAGUAGCGGCUCCUUUGAGAAUGGGUGGGAGAAAGGAAAUGUCAAGGUCCGAUUCCUGUCGCUCCAUUACGCCGACUCUGAGGGAGUCUGCGGAGGGGUCUGCUAGCUCGGGUGACGAGGAUGAGAAUGAGUGGGAUCCUGCAGGCAGGAAAACGGCCAGAACGGAGGCCUUGAACAGUGGCAGGUGGGGUGUCGUUUACGAUCCCAAGACUGGGAGAGCCUCGACCGCCGGCAAGAAGAAGGGUGCCGCGGGUGGAGAAGCUGCGGUGCAGCUGUACAAAGACGUGGACAACAGGGAGGCAAUGACGAAAAUGCUGAUCGCAGCUGGCUUCAGCAAAGCACCUUGGAAGUACAAGUACAACACGAAGAAGCUCCAGCAUUGGGUCGAGAAGGAAUGGACUGAGACGAACAGCAAGCUGCGCAGGGAAGGCAGCAGACGCGAGGUCAGCACAGACGAGAGGGACCUUCCCUCGGAGGGUGAAAAGGACAUGGAUGAUGAGGCGGAGUUGCCUGAGGAUCUCGAGGAGCCCAAUGAUGCUGACGAUGCUGAUGGCGCAAAGCCAUUUGAUGUCGCAGAGGAAACCAUCGACAGCGUGGAGAAAGCCAUGAAUGACAUACUGGGACGCAUUGCCAAGAUGCAUGACAAUGCGUCCAAGUUCCGCCCGCCGUACAAUCCGGACCCCAAGCCUACCCAUGAGAGGAAGUCGGUCGAGGAGAACAUCAAGAAGGCUUCUAUCGAGUUGAGUGCCACCGGCUAUGCGCUGGAUGUGGAGAUUCGCACAAUCAAAGCUGGCACGAUCAGCUACAUCGACUUCAUGGCAAUAACAAUUUGUUAG